UCUUCUGAACAGAAAACGGUAACUGAUUGAAUUUCGACGCCGCUUUAAACCUUAAUAUAAAAGACAUUCAAUAGGCAUAGAUUCAAGCAAUCAGACAACCAUAUACUGUGCUGACAACAACAGUACUGCCACGGCGACAGAUGUCGUCGCUCCCCGGUGGUACUGGUGAUAACAUCAUCUAUGCCCUGCUGUGUGGUGGGGCCUUCGCUGGAGCUGUCGCCUAUACGUACAGCACUGUGACCACAGACCACGCCAGAUUCACCGACCGUGUAGCGGAUAUCAACGCUCGUCCUAAGACCGAGUGGGUUCCCAAACCAUGGCCCCCCAAGAGCAGGGAUGAGGAAGAGGAGGGUGAGGAAGCAGUAGCUGAUGGAGAGGAGGAAGCAGAGGAGGCGGCGCCUGGAGAGGAGCCUGCAGCUGAAGAGACUGUAGAGGCGGAAAACGUAGCAGAACUUGCUGAAGAGACCGAAGCAGUCUCUGAAGAACCUGCUGUGGAGGCAGCAGUAGAGGAAGUGGCUGUAGUAGAAGCAGAGACUGUGGUGGAGGAGGUCGCAGAGGCUGUCGCCGAGGCUGCUGAAGUCAUCGCCGAGGUUGCUGAAGAGGUCGUUGAGGUGGCCAAGGAAGUAGAGGCGGCAGCAGAGGAAGUGGUCAUAGUGGCCGAGGCCGUGGAGGAUGCUGCAGAGGCCAUUGCCGUGCCCGCCUUCCCCGAGGAAGCAGUUGCUGUGGUAGAGCCAGAGAGCAAUGUGGCACCAGUCGCUAUGGCUGCAGCCUCUGCUUUGGCGGUGACAACAGUCGCUGAAGUAGUUUUAGAAGUCAAGGAGGCUGCCCCUGUAGAGGCCCCAGCUGCAGAAGAAGCCGCUCCAGUCGAGGCCGCACCCAUAGAAGAGGCUCCAACUGCAGUCGAAGAAGCUCCAAUUGAGGCUGCCGCAGCAGAGAUUGUGGAGGCAGACGCUGCUCCUGUGGAGGCAGACACUGCUCCUGUGGAGGCAGACGCGGCCCCUGUGGAGGCAGACGCGGCCCCUGUGGAGGCAGACCCCUGUGGAGGCAGACGCGGCCCCUGUGGAGGCAGACGCGGCCCCUGUGGAGGCAGACGCGGCCCCUGUGGAGGCAGACGCGGCCCCUGUGGAGGCAGACGCGGCCCCUGUGGAGGCAGACGCUGCCCCUGUGGUGGAAGAGACGCCAGCUGCUAAGGAGUACAUUGUCGUGGUGCUGGACGGAGCGAGCAAGUCAGACAAGAAGCCCAAAGUCCUGGGGAUUGGCCCCAUGACCGGCAGGAUUAUCCCAGACGAAGACGAGGCCCCUGCUGCUGAGGUAACAGGGCAAGCGACGGCUGCUUAGGAUACAGAUGCAGUUGAACCAACUGACAGUAAGCACUUGGAGCCCCUGGAUGAUAUAUCUACUCUGAGGAAGACAAGGGAUGUGCCUUCCCCCACACUUGAACCCUUCCACACAUUUUGACCCCUAACCCUUGACAGUCUACCCUUGAUUUUUAUCUGUAGUAUAAAACUUUUCUCCCUGUCUUGCAUCGGGGAAUUGUCUGUGUAUAUGUUCAGAUAAUGCCUGCUUUAUGGAAACAAACAUCUGAUAUAUUAUUCUAAUGUACUCCACCUGUUCCAAGAAGAGGUACAUAUUCCUCUUGUAUCACAUUGGAGAUGUUUAGAAAUGGUCCAUCUAUGUAGGCUUCACAACUGAACCUGUGUCACUGCAGAUAGUCAGUCAUAUUUUACAAUGCAUUACUCUUCUCACCUUUUUAGAUGCGCACAGUCACAAAACAACUGUGAGUUUACUACUGGUUCAUCUGCACAACCUUUGAACGGAGACUGUCUUUCUCUCAAUGGGAGUUAUAUUUUCUUAGUAUACAGUAUGGUUGCAGCUGUGAAGGCUAAGGAUACUCUCACAGCAUAGUAUGUCAUAGUUUACUUCACCCAAGAAACCUCACACUAGACUCACUCCAAUGGUGUUUUCUGAUUCUCACCAUCCAAGGCAAUACUACACAUCCGCUGCUCAGCCACCAAUUGCCUCAUGGCCGGGUAGGAAUGUGACCAGCAUUCUUCAACUAUCCUCAUGUUCUAACUCUUUGGGCUGAUUCCAAUGUGAACAUCACAAGUAUUUAACUCAAAGGGAAUGCGAUCAGACUGCUUUUGGAAAUCAAAUCAAAUCAAAAAAUCACUCUUUCUGAGUCACUGACUUGUUUUUGGGAGACCAGAUCAAUUAGGCUACCUUACCAGCUCAGUAUUCCUCCAGCUUGUGAUCUACAGACCUUUUAUUAAUGCAGUGUUACAGUUGAACAAACCUUCGCAGUUGCAUGCCAGACAUGUGAUUCAUAUUGGGAAAAGAGCAUGACAACGAAUCAGUCAGGUUUUUACAGUCGGUGAUGUCUCUUCAAGCUAGACUCCAUUGCGUAGUCCAUGAUGUCGCUCUUCAAGAUUUCAUAAGGCAGACAUUUUCAUCUCUCUUUUAACUUUCUCCCUCCCCCUCUGUUGUAGAGCCUUUCUCUGCUCAGCACCAUGGCUAUAGAGUACACAGCUGUUAGAUAGUCCAUUUAUUUAAGUGACCCACUAUAGCUUAUUGUGGUGAAAAGCUGAAUCUGAAAUAGGAAAAGCCAUGAGUUGAGUGUAUAGCAUGUUUUCCUAGGCUGGUAUAAACAGUUGAGUGUUGUGCUUGUUGUCAUAUGAAAACAGUUUUUACUCUGCAGUCAGGCUUGUGUGGUGACAUACGUUAACUCAGCGCUUGAUAUGGCUCAGUGAGUGUUUUUAAAGUUUUUUUCAGCUUUUCAAAUGAAUGAUUUACUAGUUAGUUUAGAUUCCCAAAUACAUGUUCGUAACUUUGUCAGAACCAGUUAAAAUAAUCUGCAGGCCCUACAAGGCUUUCACUGUAGACAUACUCUACAUAUUUGUUGUAGGACUAGUUAUCUUCUCACUUUCCUCACAUAUUAUAUUUUAUUUUUGAAAUGUUAGGCAUAUUUGAAAUGGUACCGAGACCGUUGAUAAGAAGUGAAUGUAGAAUCAUUCCUAAUUAAGUAGUGGGAUAAUUCAAUGUGUCUGUCCUAAUGUUUGCAGGCAGGUUUUGAAUGGGCUAUAUAGUGGCUUGUCCUGUGAGUGGAGGGCUUCACGCUGUGCAUCUGGCCUAGCAUGGGCUACAAACUGUGACUAUUUGAAACAUUGCUGUUUUUCUGAAAUAAAGGAAUAUUUCAGUUUUGUCUACA